GCCCCGCCCCGCAGCCUCGGGCGACGCCGCCGCUGACCGGCCCGUGCGUGUCAGCGCGUCUGAGUCGGGGCCCCGCGACGCCGCUGAGCCGUGGGCCCCGCGCUGCUGCUCGGCCCGUCCGCCCGCCCGGAGCCAUGUCGCAGAGCGGGACCCCCGGGCUGCAGGAGGAGAGUCUGCAGGGCUCCUGGGUGGAGCUGCACUUCAGCAACGGGAAUGGGGGCGGCGUGCCGGCCUCGGUGUCCAUCUACAAUGGCGACAUGGAGAAGAUCCUGCUGGACGCCCAGCACGAGUCUGGCCGGAGCAGCUCCAAGAGCUCCCACUGCGACAGCCCGCCUCGCUCCCAGACCCCGCAGGACACCAACCGGGCCUCGGAGACCGACACCCACAGCCUGGGGGAGAAGAACAGCUCCCAGUCUGAGGAGGACUUCCUGGAGCGGAGGAGAGAGGUGGAGAGCAUCCUGAGGAAGAACUCGGACUGGAUCUGGGACUGGUCCAGCCGGCCCGAGAACAUCCCCCCCAAGGAGUUCCUCUUCAAGCACCCCAAGCGCGCCCCGACCCUCAGCAUGAGGAACACGAGCGUCAUGAAGAAGGGGGGCAUCUUCUCGGCCGAGUUCCUCAAGGUCUUCCUCCCGUCCCUGCUGCUGUCCCAUCUGCUGGCCAUCGGGCUGGGGAUCUACAUUGGACGGCGCCUGGCACCCUCCACCAGCACCUUCUGAGGGAGGCGUCACCGGGGCCUGCUGGCUGGAGUGGCUGUCCCUGGGCCCCCGUGUCUGUCCCUGGUUGUAAACGCUGCGUCCUCGGGCCCACGGGGCAGCCACUAAGGCAGGCUCCCCUGGCCGGGACGGUCCGUUAGGAGCAUGUCCUCACACCUACUGGAAUCACUUGGUAGUAGAGUUUCUCUGUUACAUAGCGCAAUAUAAAUAAUUUUUAACUCCUAGUUACUGACGUGUGUAAUAUUUUAGCAAAGAAAUCUGUAAUCUUAGCUCAUUGAAAACACUUUAUAUUUUGAAAGACAGAAUAACACUGAUGUGAAAACGACUAUGUAAGGGGUCUGUCCCGAAUAAAUAUCGUGGCCUUACACUCUCGACUGUCGAGAACGUUGGUGUGUGUGGGCGCGGCUGCCUGCUGCGGCGCCGUGUGCGACGCUGGCUGCUCCCGGGGAAGAGCAGCCCAGCCCCGCGGCCGCCGGAUGGCUGAGUCGGGCCGGGCCGGGCAGUGGAUCUGCCCCGUGCCCGGCCGCCGAGUGCUGUGUCCCGCCUGUGUGCGCGUCUGCCCUGCACGAACCUCCCGGUUGCUGUGUGUGUGCUCGUAGAAUCAGCUGCAAAAACACAAGAGAGAACAAAUCUCUGCCGCUUCUCGGAGGUGGCUGUGUCCGGGCUGUGUCCGGGCUGCUUGUUCCCCCCCCCCCCCGCAUGCUCAGUUGCCCGACGCUGUAUGCUCUCGUGUACCCGGUCUGGAGUGCUCAAUAAACAACGUUCUGAUUUAAAACGA